AGUGUAGUACUAAAUUCGUUCCCGACUGAGUGGGUUCAUUCACUCCAGUUUCGCAAGUCGGCCGAAACGUCUCGCUGAAAACGAAAAGAGUUUGUGAAAUAUCUUUUUUGUUUGUGGUUUAAAAAGUUUACCCAGUUAAUUCUGAAAAUCGAAAGAUAUGGAAAGCGAAAACUCGGACUAUGAGGUUCAUAGUUCAGAAGAGCUAGGCCGUUACCUGGUGGCAGCGCGGGAUCUAUCACCAGGCGAGGUGGUGAUCACCGAGAAGCCAAUAGUCUUUGCGCCAAAGUCCACGCCAGACCCUGAAGCUACCAUGCCGUGCGUCGGUUGUUACAAAUCCGUUUUCACCGAUGUCGGCGAACGCUGUGCCAAGUGCGGUUGGCCAGUCUGCUCCGGGAACUGUCCCGGUCUCAGAGAUCCAAAGCACCAUAAGCUCGAGUGCGAUAUCCUGGGCUUAAGGCCAGAUUGCGUAUUGGAUAAUAUGGCUGAUUACUAUAGACACGACGCUUUGUUAGCUUUGAGGUGUCUUCUACUGCAGAAAGCCGAUGCAGCUAAAUGGCAGCAUUUGUUAGAGAUGCAAUCACAUAUGGAAUGUAGGAUACCUGGCACCCAGGCUUUUGAUGAAGCGGAUGAGUUCAUUGUGGAAUACCUCAUCAAAAAUUUCUUAUCAAAACUAGACAGCGGUAUGAAGAAAGACAUACCGGAUAUAUCGGCGAAUCUGAUACAUAGAAUCUGUGGUAUUAUCGACACAAACGCCAUAGAAAUUCGUUUGGUAGACGGUGUAGAACUACAAGCACUAUACACAAAAACAUGCAUUCUAGAACAUAGCUGCUUACCUAACACGAAAUUCAAUUUCGAUCUAUCAACGAGAAAUAAAGAUGAUUUAUACAAAAUAUCUGUUAAAAUCGUAACGCCAAUUACCAAACAUGAGCAUAUAUCCACAAUGUAUAGUCACGCAUUAUGGGGCACACAAGCCAGACGGCAACAUUUAAAAGACACAAAAUACUUUUCGUGCAAAUGCUGUAGAUGCAGCGAUCCCACCGAGCUCGGUACUUAUUUAAGCGCUAUGAAAUGUCUCGGCGAUGAGAAUAAGCCGUGCGAAGGUAUCCAUUUACCCGAAGAUCCUUUAGAUGACGAAACAGAAUGGGCGUGCAGCAAUUGUGACGUUAAAAUCAGUAAUUCUCAAGUUUGUUGUGUUAUAUCACAGAUGCAGGACGAAGUCGAUAACGUAUUAAUGAUGGGCGGCGAUGUUACUGUACUAGAAAACGCAUUAUGUCGUUUAUCAACAUUUUUGCAUCAAAAUCACUAUCAUUUAUACUCAAUAAAACAUUCUCUAGUACAACUUUAUGGUCGGCAGCUUGCAUACGCUUCCCAAGAAUAUUUAGAAAAGAAAAUUAAAAUGUGUAAUGAUCUAAUAGAUAUCACGAAUACCUUAGAUCCUGGUAAUGCAAGACUAAGUCUGUACAAUAGCGUUUUACAUCAUGAGUUACAUUUGGCUUUGGUGAUGAUGUCUAAAAAAGCUAAUAUAGACGGUAGUAUAAAAAAUGUUGACACGAUCGUACCGGUAUUAAGAGAAGCAAAAAAGGCCUUAAACAUAUCUUUGGAGUGCCUUAAAGAUGAUAUCGAAGAAGCUUCUGGAAAGAAAUUAUACGAAGUCAUUGAACAGAGUAAUAGGGAGUUCGAAAGAUAUUGUAAAGAAAAAAAUGUUAUUUUGUAAAGAGUUAUUUUAUUAAUUCUGUAACUAGUUCUAAGCUUAAAUGUUAGUAUCACAGUAAUAUCUUUGAAUAAAUAUUAUAUAAUAGAUACAAUAAUAUUUUAAUAAAAUGGGAAAUCUGUUAAUAUUGUAUACCUAUAUUUUCCAUAAUAAUUCGAAAGAAUACAUUAAGACUGUUAAGUCUUUUCAAAUACA